AUGAUAUCCCUCGCCAUCUUCGACUUCGAUGGCACUCUCUUCGACACACAUGAAUCCAUCUCUCAGACAAUAAAAUUGACCUUCGACUCCCUCCUCCCCACACAUACCCCUCCUCAAUCUGAAAUCCACCGCCUCAUCUCCAGCGGCGCCGGUCUAGCAGAUACAUUUCAAGCUCUGCACCCAAACCCUUCUGAAUUCACGUCUAUCAUUGAGGAUCAAUGGAUUGAGAAAUACCGUGCGCUUUAUGCAAUCCAUGGCCAACUCCUCAUCAAGGCCUUCCCGGGUGCGAGAGAGCUCUUGGCCGAGCUGAAUGCCCACAAGGUCCCUAUCGCCAUUGUGAGUAACAAAGGUGUGGCGGCUGUGAAAACUGCCCUCGAGCGCAAUGGCCUGGAAGGCUUUGUACCCGAAGAUUUGAUCAUUGGGGAUAAGACGCCUGGGGCAAAGCGCAAGCCGGACCCUGCCAGUUUUGUGGAUGUCCUCGUCCCCGUUCUGCGUGAGCGAUAUGGAUUACCGGACAUUGAAUCGAAGAGUGUUCUGGUAAUUGGUGAUACAGUGGCGGAUCUUGAGUUCGCAAAGAACAUUGGAAGCAAAGGCUGCUGGUGUCGGUAUGGGUAUGGAGAUCGAGAGGCUUGUCGGAAAGCGGGCCCAGAUUUCAUUGUUGAUGGCCUUGGGGAAGUUGUGGGGAUUGUGAAGAACUAA